AGAAAUUAAAUUCAAGAAAUUUUCAAGAAUGAAUUCAAACAAUUGGCUAUCUUUUCCUCUUUCUCCCACUCAUUCUUCUUUACCUCCUCAUCUUCAAAAUGCUCAAUCUCAUCAUUUUUCAUUAGGGUUAGUCAAUGAAACUAUUGACAAUCCCUUCCAAAACCAAGAAUGGAACUUAAUGAACACACCAGGAAGCAAUGAAGUCCCAAAGGUGGCUGAUUUUCUUGGAAUGAACAAAUCUGAAAAUCAAUCUGAAUUAAUCCCUUACAAUGAAAUCCAAGCAAACGAUUCGGAUUAUCUCUUUCAAAACAAUCAUCUUAUGCCAUCAAUGCAAAAUGCUUUAGCUCCUCCUCCUACAAACAACUAUGAUCUUCAAGAAAAUGCUUGUAAUAUUCAAUCUUUGACAUUGUCUAUGGGGAGUGGAAAAGGUUCAACUAGUGAAACAAGUGCUAGCCCUAGCGCCAACGCUGCUACCGCGAGUGCAACUGCUGAAAAUAGUAAUAACACUAGUAUUGUUGAAGCUGCACCUAGAAGAACUCUGGAUACUUUUGGCCAAAGAACAUCAAUUUAUAGAGGUGUAACUAGACAUAGAUGGACAGGAAGGUAUGAAGCACAUCUAUGGGAUAAUAGUUGUAGACGGGAAGGCCAAUCAAGAAAGGGUCGUCAAGUGUAUUUGGGAGGGUAUGAUAAGGAGGAGAAAGCAGCUAGGGCUUAUGAUCUUGCUGCAUUGAAAUAUUGGGGAACAUCUACCACUACAAAUUUUCCAAUUAGCAACUAUGAGAAAGAAUUAGAAGACAUGAAGCAUAUGACAAGGCAAGAAUUUGUUGCUGCAAUAAGAAGGAAGAGUAGUGGCUUCUCAAGGGGUGCAUCCAUGUAUCGAGGUGUUACAAGGCACCAUCAGCAUGGGAGAUGGCAAGCAAGGAUAGGAAGAGUUGCUGGAAAUAAAGAUCUCUACUUGGGAACUUUCACUACUGAGGAGGAAGCAGCAGAAGCAUAUGACAUAGCAGCAAUAAAAUUCAGAGGGUUAAAUGCUGUAACAAAUUUCGAUAUGAAUCGUUACGAUGUUAAAGCCAUACUUGAAAGCAACACUCUCCCAAUUGGAGGAGGAGCAGCAAAAAGGCUAAAAGAAGCACAAGCACUUGAAUCAUCAAGAAAAAGAGAUCAGGAAAUGAUGGCUCUAAACUCAAGUUUUCAAUAUGGAAACUCAAAUCCUUUACAAGCAUAUCCUUUAAUGCAACAACAUCAACCAUCCUUUGACAAUUCUCAACCUUUGUUGACUCUCCAAAAUCAUGACAUUUCACAAUACAACAUUCAAGAUCCGUCGUCUCAAUUUCACCAGAGUUAUCUCCAAACACAACUUCAACUUCAGAACAACUCGCAUCAAGUGUCGUUAUACAACAAUUAUCUUCAGAAUAAUCAAGUCUUCUUGCAUGGUUUGAUGAAUAACAAUGAAGGUAGUUCAAGUGGAAGUUAUAGUACUGGAGGGUAUUUUGGUAAUUCUCCUGGACUUGGUGGAAUGAGUUCAAAUUCAACUUCAGGUAAUAAUGGAGGAGGAGGUGGUGCACAUGAAGAAGUUGCACUUGUUAAAGUUGAUUAUGAUAAUAUGCCAAGUUACAAUGGUUGGUCAGGAGAGUCAUCAGUUCAAGGAUCAAAUCCUGGUGUUUUCUCAAUGUGGAAUGAGUGAGAAAAACAAUUAAAGACUAUCGAUCAAUCGAUUGAGGUGUGGACAAAAUAUUUUGAGAGAUUAUGAUAACAUAGAUGAUGUUAAUUUUCAUGUUUUUAUUUUGUUGGAUCAAGACUAAUGUUUUAUGUUUCUUCUUUAUUUGGAUUCAU